UUUCAUUUUAAUAAUCGCGUGAUUACUUGCGCUUUUCGUUAGAGGUUUAGUCAAUCGGAGCCUUUCCGAUUGUGAACAUCGUUUUACAUGGUUUGUAAAACAAUCAACGACUCUGUUUUAAGUUUCCAAUAAUGAGGUCACUCGUGAUUUUGAUGGGCGUGGUUGUAGCAUUGGUGAAUUCACAAAAUGCUACAGAAACAAAUAGUGAUGCUCCAGCAUCAAACUCUUCGACGCGACUUCCUCGAGGCACCGUUUAUCAAAUCCGUCCCGUAAAUUUUGACGAUACCUCGGACUCGAAUCCAUUCACCGCGUUGGAUUCGAUUGCUGGGAUUGAUUUGGCAAAAUUGAAAUCUAGAGCGAUCGAUGAUAAGCCGAGUCAACAAGACAGCUCUUAUCCGUCCCCUUCCUCCUCCAGUGUCAGAGUGAUCAAUCUGAAAGACUCUGACGCCGUGGAAGCCGUGGAUAUUCCAAAAUUUCUUUUAUCAGCCUCCUCUGGUCCCGUUGGUCGCAGAGAGUUUUCCAACGACGACCAAGAGGAAGAAGGAGCAGAUCUUGGUAAGAGGGAACCAAAAUCGUCGCCAUCUCAACCUGUCCCGAUUCACAGUGAGGAUGGGGCCGAGGAGCCUUGGGAUGCUUCAUAUGCGUUCGGAUAUACUCUAGAGGAUCAAGCGAGACAUGAAGUUUCCGAUCCGGAUGGAAAUAUUCGUGGGUAUUAUCAGUACGUCGAUGAUGAAGGUUACGUUCGAAAAGUGGUUUACACUGCCGGCGCUGGGAAAGGCUUUGUCGUUCUGAACAAGGAGAAGGUAAAAGGACCACGUCCCUAUCCCCCAAAGAAGACCAACCACCACCACCACAGCAAACCCGGCAAUGCUCCUCCAGGCUAUGAUCCGAGACCUUCUUCGUCCCGACCUCCCGGUCCAAGGCCGAACAGACCUCGACCGAAUUAUCCGCAGUCAUCUGACCCGGACUUUGAUUUCCCAGAAUCUCCAAAAGCACCUCCACAAGGACCAUCCUCAUCCCCACCACGACCAGGCUGGUCGAGUCCUUCGCCACCGUCGCCCCCGUCUCCACCUCGAUUAGGUUGGACGAGUGGAAAAGAGGGUGGUAGCCGGAGACCAAUUUAUGUCGUUAAGAUUCGCAAACCACAGCAUAAACAUGGCGAAGAAGAGGACGACGGACCUCCCGGAGGAUAUUUUACCAACAAGGGCGGCGACUCAAGUGAGGAUAGUGGUCAAUGGGAUGGAGACGUUGGAUACGGUCCAGUUUACAAGUACCGUGGAGGAAAGAAAGGUCACGUCUCGGGACAACCGCGACCUGAUGGUUCGUACACUUUUGGAUAUGAAACCGAGACGGCAAACCGAUUAGAGAAAUCUGAUAAUUUUGGAAACGUUCGAGGAUCAUAUUCUUACAUCGACAAUGAAGGCGUCAAACGAACCGUUCACUACAUCGCCGGUGCCACGACAGGUUUCCAAGUGUUGGGAAGUUCUCCGUCGUCAUCUCGCAGCGUGAGAAUCGAAGCACCCCCUGGUUUUGUGGUUACGCGACGAAAUGCCCCACCAAGUUCUGCCUCAACAGUUGCCCCCAGUCUGUCCACGGCAGAGUCGGAAUACCCCGGGUUUCCUCCCAACGUCAUCGUCUAUCACAUCCAGGCCGACGCCAACUCACUCAAUCUAAGCCCCUGGUGGGAUGCUUUCGGGUAUUCAAAGCGACCCCGAAAAAUGCGUAGGAUUAUGCGAGUGCAUAGAAAAAAGCCGAGAAACUUCCGUAAAAAUGAAGAAGACGAAGAAGACGAGCAACAACAAGGGUUGGAUAAAGAAACGCAAAUUCAACAGGGUCCAAUAAGUGACAUUAAAUUUGAGGAUGAUAACGGUAGCACGUCGUCUACCCCUCAAACGCCCACAAGAGAAAGAGCACUACCCCCCACCGACAAUUUGGACAAUGCUGUCCCACUUUCUGACGAACUUUCCCCUUCAUCCGUCGACACGUCUUCCCCACGCCCCAUGUACCUGAUCCGAACUCGAUCUGAUAACGACCGACCUCGUCCAUUUCGUCACUCGACUAAGGUCAACUUGGAUAACAAUUUCGACAUGAAGACUUUCUUCGUUCGAGCGAGACGCCCCUCACAUCGGGCAUACACGAAAAACUUCUUUGGUCCCGAGUCCGACCCCUCCUCGGGAUCCUCUUCAGGUGAAGAAAGGGACCACAACGACCCAAUUUUACUGGGCCCGUCACAUUCGUCACUGCGAGCACGACGACGUCUCCCAGUACCAAAUCCCAUCCUCCUAAAACCUUCCUCAUCCAGGGUUUCGGUUAGAAGUAGGGGAGCUCGACUUGAUGUCGCAGAAUCGAAUGCGUACCCAGUCGUGUCCACUCCUCCGUCGGGUGACGAGGUCCAAGUCCCACCCACUCCGAAUCCGGUUGAGCUCUUUGCCGCAGGAAAUUUAGAGACGGGUGACGCUUCCUCGAGAGAAGUGAGUACCAGCAAAAGUAUGCAACUCAGCAUUAGUUCGAGCACUACUCGAAUUCCGGUAUCCUCAGAAACUCCGUCACCAGUCACUCCUCCUCCUACCCCACCAUCAUCCACAUCAUCUGAACCACCCACCACUCCCGCACCAGCAUCGACCCCAAGUCCACGCGAAAAUACCUUGACCCUUACCGACAAGGAGUUUGAGCAUACCGGAAUUGGUGGAGGAAUUAUGAGCAGCAGUACCAGGUUAAUGCAGAGAUUGGGCGUGCAGCAACCAAAUUUAGGAGGAACUGCUGCCCCACCAGAUAAUCAAAACUAAUUAACAAAUUCUUGCAAUUUUUAAAUAUUUUUUUACUUCUUUUGUGAUAUACAUUGCAUGUAAAAUAGUUGUACUUGAGUUUUUACAAAGAUUAUGUAUGCUAAUAAUUUAUUUGCUGUUAAUUAAUGAUGGCAUGCUUUAAGGCCUUCCUAUUUAUAAGAUUAACUGUAUCGGUCUGUAUUUAUUUUCUAAUCCAUUACACAAGGGACAUGGGACACGUAUGUACAUAUUUUGUUAGCCUUCUCGCUUUGGUGACCUACCCAGGACUGAAGGCAACUUUAAGGAAAUGCUUAUGUAAGUACGAUGGGAUGAUUGGUAUUACUUACUUAAUUGCACGGGCACAACAGAGGUGAUGGGUUUUCUUUAUAAAAUAUUCCCAUAAAGCUUCAUACAUAAUAUUUAUGCAAAACUACUAAAUAUUUAGAUGAAACAAUUCAUAAAUGUGUAAAAUGUUCAAGUGCAAUAAUAAAGUAAAUGGUGUGUGUACCUAUGCAUUAACCAAGAAACAAUUGAA